CAUCUUUUAUCUGCCUAGAAAAAUCUUUCGCUCCACCUAAUUUAAGUUUUUCAGUUUCCCGUUCAAGUUUCCGAUCCAAUGGCACCCAAAGCAGAGAAGAAACUAGCAGAGAAGAAGCCCGCCGAAGAGAAGAAAGCAGAGAAAGCACCAGCAGAGAAGAAACCCAGAGCUGAGAAGAAAUUACCAACCAAAGAUGCUUCAACAACAGAUAAGAAGAAGAAGAAAUCAAAGAAAUCAGUUGAGACUUACAAGAUCUACAUCUUCAAAGUUCUGAAACAAGUUCAUCCUGAUAUUGGUAUCUCAAGUAAAGCUAUGGGUAUCAUGAACAGUUUCAUUAAUGAUAUCUUUGAGAAACUCGCUGCAGACUCAUCCAGAUUAGCAAGGUACAACAAGAAGCCAACUAUUACUUCUCGAGAGAUUCAGACUGCUGUUCGUCUUGUUCUUCCUGGUGAAUUGUCCAAGCAUGCUGUUUCUGAGGGUACUAAAGCUGUUACCAAGUUUACUAGUUCUUAAUCACUGUUUUUGCUUUUUUUAGAAAUUGGGGGUUUAUUUUGUUCCAGUGGUUUCAAUCUCGGGGUUGAGUUAGGGUUUCACAUGUUAAUAUAUCAAAUGUUAUGAAGAGUGUUCAAUUUCUAAUCCAAAUAUCCUGUCAAUGAAAUCAAUCGUCUAAUCUAAUUUCUGAAACCCAUGAAUCAAAUGGAACUGGUCUAUGAAAUGUGAUGAUUUAUUUGAAUUACAUUU